GUAGACUUUAUUAUGAAGGUACAACGAACACGACCAAGAAUUUGACCAAUAACAAUAAAGCAGGCACGUUGAACUGCACUAUUUAUGGGCAAGGUAUAGAGUCUCAACAAAAAUCCGGUAUAAGCAGCGGAAGCGAAAGUAUAAGACAACAUAAAGUAUCGGCUGUUUUUGGAGGAGAUAAAAUAAAAAUAUAUAAGGGCAAAGAAGCAGAAUGGGUAUCUUCUUUACAAGACUUUAGACAUUGGGAACCAAUCGAAUUUCGUAAACCCGUAAGCAUCUUCGAAUUUUUAGAUGAGGAUUUAAAAAAGAAAAUAAAAGAAAUUAUCGGAAAAAGAAUUAUUUACUCUAACGUUCAAGAUUACACAUUUGAAUUUAAUAAUUUACGUAAUAUAAUUGUUUUAAAAAUGCCCAAUGAUGUUGAGGAAAUUUUCUCAAACGCUGAAAUUGAUUCUCAAGU